AUGGCCUUUAUCCUCGACGGUGGACGAAAACAGGGGAAUUCCGGAGAUCCAGAAUCAAGAUGGCCCUUAUCCUCGACGGUGGACGAAAAACAGGGAAUCCUGGAGAUCCAGAAUCAAGAUGGUCCUUAUCCUCGACGGUGGACGAAAACAGGGGAAUCCCGGAGAUCCAGAAUCAAGAUGGCCUUUAUCCUCUACGGUGGACGAAAACAGGGGAAUCCCGGAGAUCCAGAAUCAAGAUGGCCCUUAUCCUCGACGGUGAACGAAAACAGGGGAAUCCCGGAGAUCCAGAAUCAAGAUGGCCCUUAUCCUCGACGGUGGACGAAAACAGGGGAAUCCCGGAGAUCACGAAACCGACGGUACCGUGUGCAGAUGGAUGGAAACAAUCGGGUAACUCUACGCUUCCUUCGUAAGAUCCACCCACUUGUUGAUGUCCCACAUCAUUCUACCCAAGAAUCGGGUCUCUUGACCUCAUGGCACCCCGAUUUACAGCCGGUCCAAGAUAGUAACACGGCCAGAACCGUAUAA